CACCCCCCCAAAUCUUAAUUGACUUAAAAUUUCAGAUAACCAUUUCCUGAACUCCACCUUAGGACAAAACCGAUGGCCUCUUCUUCUUCACUUAGUCUGCUCUUCCUCCUCUUCCUCAUUAGCAUACCCAUGACAUUGGGCAAUAUAGCUUGUGUCGCUGUUCUUGGACCCCUUGCGCCGUGCCUUUCCUCCUUCACAAAGCCAAUUGGUGAGAAGCCAUCAGAACUCUGCUGUGAUGGUGCUCAGGUUGUUGAAGAAGGGACUGGCUCAUUACUGGACAAGGAAGAGGUGUGCAAGUGUCUCAAGGAAAUGAUGGAAGAGCACCCAAUGGUCACUCCUGAGAAAGCCCACAACAUCGCGUCUCAGUGUGGUGUCGUGCUUCCAUUCCCUAGCAGCCAUGACAAAUGCAGCACCAUGGAAAAAUGAAGCACGAGUUUAUCAACUUAUCUGGUCAUCAGAGAAGAAAUAAAGCCGUCUGAACUUGUCGGUUGCAGCCUGUUUACUAUGGAUGAAUUACAAUAAUAAAGAAGAGAAUCAUAAUUACUUAUUAAGUCCUGUUCCAAUGAUAUAUCAUGAUAUGAUAAUAAAGGCUUCUCUAUUUUUUCACC